AUGUCUGGUACAGUUCUUGAAAAGUGUGCAUCAACUAGAAUACUUGGUGUUACUUUUGACAAUAGGCUUACAUUUGCAUUACACAUUAACAAAAUUAUUUCUGAGGCCUGGAGAACUCUUGGAUUUAUCAUACGCGUAUCAAAGAACUUUACGAACCUGAAGGCUAUUAAAUUAUUGUAUAAUACUUUCGUUAGACCUAAGCUAGAAUAUGCCUCUCUUGUCUGGUCACCUAUCCAGUUGGGACAAUCUACCAGACUUGAAAAAGUACAGAGGAAAUUCCUAAAAUUUCUUAUUUGGAAAAGGUCUGGGGAAUACCCAUUGCGCGGUACAGCUGACCUUGCGCUUUGCAGUGAGUGUAAUUACCACACACUCGCUGAGAGGCGCAUUUGUGCUGAAUUUGCCUUUGCUACUAAGCUCUUCAAUAAUCUGGUGCAUUGUCCACAACUUCUAGCUAUGUUUAAAUUUAAAGAGCCGAUUCUAGGCUUAAGAAGUCAUGUGCCUAUGUACACGUCAGUAGCUAGAAAUAAUUUAGCGCAGGCUGCGCCAAUUUACCGCAUGUCUGAAACGGUAAAUCGUUUCUAUACUUUAGAAUCUUCUCUUGAUCCAUUGAGCUGCCCCAAUGGGUAUGUAACCGCUUCACUCGGUAACCUGGCGACGAAGUGGAGAUGA